UCCUAGAUAAUGGCUAUCGCUUUGAAAAAAAGAGCGAAUGAAUAAUAGUAUUCAUUAGGUGCCGCAGUGUCGUGACGGUCAGAGGAAUGGCAGCUUCCUUGGUAUUGUGUUUGCUUUUAGCAAAUGCAGCUUCUUUGCUAGCUGUACCUAUACAAAAUGUCGACUAUAUUGAUUUUGAUGAAUUGCUAUUAAAUUUUUUUAAUGAAGACAUGAAUAAGUUUAUUAAAGACAAUAAUGUUGAUGCGUUGAAAAAUGUACAAGAAAGUAGUUAUGAAUGCAAAAAUUUGUAUUCUCAUACAUGUGAUAAGAAAACGAAGACGAGUAUAUUUAGCAACCAUGAGUUCAAACAAAAAACAUCAGAAUUUUAUUCAACAUUUAAACAAAAAAUUACAGAUUUAUUAAGCAAUAGAGACAGGAAUUCGGGAGCGCCAUCGGUGAACCUUGAACGUCAACUGUACCGAAGAUGCAUGAAUCUUGGAUCUAAUGAUGAAGAAAGUACCAUAAAAUAUCACGAUGAUGACAAGCUUAGUUAUGUUACUGAUACUGAUGAAAAUGUUCGGUCUAACGAUAUCGAAAACGAGCCAGUAAACCAAAUAUUUUCUAAAAUUUUAAAAGCUUUUGGACACAAAAAUAUAUUUACCAAAACCUGGCAACAAUUGGAUCAAAAGUUGGCUGCAAUUGGUUUUGGACACGCUUUCUACGAUAUUAGUGUUAUGGCCGAUCCUUAUAUUCCAAAUAAAAAUAUCAUCCUUCUACAGCCACCUUCCAUAAAAAAAUGGAAUUCUAUUAAAUUUAUCGACACACUUUCCGAUAUAUAUGUUCACUUUCAAAUUCAACUUUAUGAGCAGUGUACAGAAAACUCUUCUAAAACUUCAGGUGCAGAGUCCAACGAAUCAAAUUUGAAUGACUCAGAUCAUGAGUCUGAAGAUGAGUCUGAAGAAUCAAGUUCUGAAACAAAGGCAAAUUUUAAUUCCGAUGAAGGACCGGCAUUCUUAGAGUCGGAUGAAACUAAAGACAUGGCUUUAGCAUCAAAAUCUUAUGAAGUAAAUUCAUUGUGUAAGCCUUAUCAAUCUUUGUCACGAAGAGAUGUAUUUGAAAAAAUUAUAAAUAUAGAGGACGAGAUGAUUUUAGUUUUUUUCAACAGAUUACUAAAGGCUAUGUUCGAUUCUAUUAGUGCUACAAACAAAGAAGAUUUCUACGCCAAAUUAACAAUAAAAGAAUGGAAUAAAAAAUAUAAUAGUAUAAAUCAACGAGCAACUUCAAAGAUUGAUUGGUUUGAAGUGAUCAAAAGUGAAUUUGAGCAAGUUGGCAUUACAAUUGAUGAUACUGAAAGUAUAUUUAUUAAAAAUGUGCCAUACUUUUAUAAACUUGCAAAAUAUUUAAAGUACCACAGCAAUCAAAUUUUUGAUAAAGGAGUCCGCUCCAAAUUUAUAGCAGAAAAUGCACGGUACAUUGACUGGGAUUGGAUGGAAAGUGUGAAUCCAAUUGAUCAAUCAAACUUUUGCUUUGAGCAAACGCAACUUUACGGAGUUUCACAAGAAGCAUUGAAAUCUAUGAAGAACGAUUUUUCAAAUCCUCAUGUUCAGAUAGUGGCAACCAUCAUGAAUAACAUAGCACAUAUUUUGUAUCGUAAUAUUUCUGAAAAUGUAAAUCUUAGUGACGUGCAAAAGACUUAUAUGAAAGCCCAGUUAUCGGCUAUGACUAACCACUUAUUAUCAAAUAAUUAUGACACAUCGGAUGAUCAUGAUUCAAUUUUUGAUGAUUAUUAUGCUAACUUCAAAGCUACAAACGACUAUUUUGUCGAUAUUAACAUGUAUCGCAGAACGAUAAAGAAUAGCAUUUUAAAAAAAUUACGAGACAACACGCCGUUAUCUUAUGAAUAUUUGCCUUUCGAUAUUAACGAAAUCGAAAAUCCACGCAAUCGACUAGUAUUAUAUGCACUAUCAAACGUAUACAUUGAUAGUUCAAAAUCUCCAGAGUUUUUCAACUCAUCAGAGAAGUAUUAUGGAACUUUUGGAGUAAAAUUGGCAGGAUUUUUGUAUUCGUUAAUCGUUGAGGACAAAUUCCAAACUGAUGUGCAUGAUCUUCAUGGUAGUCAGUGGUUAAAUGCACAUAUGACUUAUUCGCCCAGAGUAGUGAAAUGUUUCGUACCUGAAAACAUCGUCGCGUAUGGUUAUCCGUUAGCCUAUUCAACAAUUACGGAAAUAUUCAGUGUGCGCAUAGCCUUGGAAGCCAUGUUGAAUGAUUCCAAGGUUGAUUCAGUACAUGACUUCUACAAGGCAUACAUAGAGAGCCAUUGUAGUGCAAAGGAGCAGAAAAUGAUGCACAAAGUUUUGUCGAAUCUUGCGCAUGUAUCGACAGUUUUUGAUUGCUCAGAUAAAAGUGUCGAACCAAAAUGUGAUAUGUCCAUUUUUCAAUCUUAGAUAAGAAAUAGUGAACUUUUAAAUCUGUACCCAUGUAUGUAUUAUGUAAACACGUUUCUAUGAUGUACAAUAAAAUCUAAGUGAAUGGAAAAUAAAGAAAUAAAACAAACUAAAUUAUGUCGA